AUGGAAGUUGCAUUUACUGCAUACAUUGCAUUAUUCGCGCUGCUCCCUUUUGCGUCCUGCCAGUGCAAGUGUACCCCGGGUGAUCUAUUCUGGCCCUCGGACAAAGAGUGGGGCCGACUUAACAGCUCCGUCUCGGGACGGCUCAUACGGGCGGUCCCACCCGCAGCUCCGUGCUACACCGGGCCAGCCCGGGAUGCUGCCGUCUGUGAAGCCGUGACCCAAGGUUGGCAGAGUACGCUCUUCCAGGCAGCGCAGCCCAUUGGCUACGUCUAUCCUUUAAACCUCUCUUGUCCACUGGUACCGUUCACUGCCAAUGCCUCUUCGGCCACCUGUACCAUUGGAAACUCUCCGGUAUAUGUCGUCAAUGCCACUAGCGAGGAGGACAUUGCAAAGGCGGUUGAGUUUGCCAGAGACCACAACAUCCGCCUUGCGAUUAAGGCCACGGGCCAUGACUUUCUGCAAAGAUCUACCGGCUACGGCAGUCUCUCCAUCUGGUUGCAGCACUUCCGCCAAGGCCUCAACUUUCAUGAUGAUUUCCAGGCCGUGAACGAGUGUCCAAAGUCGGAUUGGACAGGCAGUGCCUUGACCAUCACCGGGGCCUACUCUUGGGCAGAGGUCAACCCAGCCGCGUUUGAGAAAAACCUCAUAGUCGUGAGCGGGAACAAUGAGGGGCCCAGCAGUACCGGCGGCUGGACCCAGGGAGGAGGGCACAGCCGAGUGACCCGCUACUACGGACUCGGUGCUCAGCAGGUUUUGUCGGCGAGGGUCAUCCUGGCUUCUGGGGACGUCGUGGUGGCGAACCUUUGCAACAACACCGAUCUCCUCUAUGCCAUCCGUGGCGGCGGCGGCGGUACUUACGGCGUCUUGACAAUCAAGACCUACCCCACCAAGAACACCAACGUCAUUACCGUUACCGUUGGCGCAGCAUCAGUCAACGCAGACAGCUCGGCUCGGUUCCUCGACGCCAUGACAGACAUCUACUCUUCCUUCCCGUAUCUUUCCCAAGUUGGGUUCGGCGGAUAUGGUUCCUGGGCGUUGAACGCCUCGACCGCACUAGGCAGCGGCAACUUCACAACCUUUUACACCCAGUCGUUCGUCAACCUGGGCAAGGACCCAUCCGAGACGACGCAGUUGUUCGCGCCCUUUGCAGCGAAAAUCAAACCGCUUUCGGACGCGGGGUUUGCCGUUUCCAUCACCCAGGAGGCAUUCCCAGACUUCGGCUCCUACUAUACCAAGAAUUCGGGAGAACUCGGCUCUGCGGGUGGUGUCUCUACGCUUUCCUCGCGUCUGCUCGGAAAAUCCGCUCUCGAGACCCCCUGGGCCGAACUUCGGCAAGUGAUGGAGACGGUGGCCGGGGCGGACGGGAAGGCAGUAUACCAUACCCUUGUUCACCACGGUCUCGAGGUGUCUCCGGUGAUGCGUGACGAGACGACGGCUGUGCAGCCUGGCUGGUACGACUCCAUCAUACUCGACAUAUCCGAGAGGCCAAUUUUCGCAGAGGCCACCGAGGUCGAACUGUUCGCCGACAUGCGCCAGAACAUUGCUCCGGUCUAUCAAAAGUUAUCGCCGAACACGGGCACCUACAUGAACGAAGCGGACUGGGGAGACAUUGACUAUCGAGAGAACUUCUACGCCACAAACUGGGGCCCAUUGUCGAACAUCAAGACAAAGUAUGAUCCUGACGGGGUCUUCUACUGCCAGACCUGUGUUGGCAGUGAUGAGUGGAAAGUAGACGCGAAGGGUGCUCUAUGUCGGCGGGAUGACUGA